AUGCAAGACUCCAGGCGGAGCACGCGGGUGCGAAGUGAAGUGGAGGUUUUGGAGCAGACGGGUCACGGACUCACGGUACAAAGUCUCGACUCUCGGAGACUGCCUGGCUGCGGCUACGCAAAUGAAGAACAGGAGAAGAUGGUGGGAUUUGGCGAUUUGGGGAGUGAAAUGGAAUGGAAUGGAGCUGUCUACCUGUCUAGGCCUGGGUGGGAAGGAGAAAAAUGGUUGGGAUGGGCCUUGGAUGCUGGAGCCGGUUGUUGUGAAUACGGUUGGGUGCAGGGAGUUAAUGGGAAGGAUGUUCAAAUUCAACUUAUUGCUUUCAUGGAAAGAAAUACUGGGAAGUUUAUGAAAGAGCUUUGGUCGCUACUUCUAAGUGCACAGAAAAAUGUGGGUGGUGUUCCACCGCAACUUCUGGAUGCCAAAGAGGAGGAAACUAAGAAAAAGGCUGAGACUGAUCGUAUCACAAAUGAAAUUCAAAGGAAGAAAGAGAAGGAGAAGCAGGAUCUCGAGCAAGAGAUAGAUAAAAUGGAUGGUGAUGGUGACAUCUUAAGAUACAAGAAUGCUGGCUCAGAGCUAAAUUCGAAGCAUGAUCCUAGGUCUUCCAGCCCCCAAUCGGCAGUUGGGAAAGAGCGUCAUGAGAGAAACGGCCAGAGAGGACUAAGCAGACUCACUGGUGUAAUACCAUUGCGGAUAUUCAACAUAUCGUCAAUGGAAAUUCUUGCUUUUACAGGGAAUAACCUAACUGAAUUGGAUUUUAGGAACAAUCCUUUGAAUGGCAUUCUUCCAGUUUCCGUUGGAAAUCUUUCUACUUCUCUUCAAUAUCUUUAUGGUUAUAAUUGUGAUCUCAGAGGUAGUAUUCCAAAUGAAAUUGGAAAUCUAACCAGUUUGAUAAAGUUAAGUCUGGUUGGCAAUGAGUUGACGGAAUCAAUUCCAGCAACCGUGGUGACUUUGCAAAAGCUUCAAGGAUUAUAUCUUCAACGCAUUAAAAUAAGUGACUCUACCCCGGACUCUCUCUGUGAACAUCACAAUUUAAAUGCAUUGUCAUUGUCACAAAAUAAUAACAGGCGCUAUUCCAGAGUGCAUAGGGAAUAUUACUACACUAAGGCAUCUAUAUAUCGAUACCAACAUAUUGACUCCCACCAUACCUGCAAGCCUGUGGCUUCAGAAAGAUCUUCUGGGGUUGAAUCUAUCUACAAAUAUUUUGCGUGGCUCUCUAGCUCAAGAAAUUGGGAACCUGAAGGUUGCAACUUUUAUUGA